AUGGCCCGACGCAAAUGGAAAGUCCCAUUACUCUCUGAAUUCAGUCCAAGCAAUGCGCGGCUUUUGGGUCUCAACGUAAACCGAGGGCGGGAGAUUCGGAUUCGACUCAGACCCGCAGGCAAACCGGACUCUUUCUUCCCAUACGAGCAUGUGCUGGGCACCAUGCUUCACGAGCUCACUCACAUUGAACGAGGCCCCCACGAUGCCAAGUUCUACAAGCUACUAGACGAACUCAAUGAGGAGUGUGACGAUCUCAUAGCACGAGGCAUAACAGGAACUUCCUUUGGGGGGUCCGGCCACCGCCUCGGCUCCUCUGCUUAUCCCUCCAUCCGCCCAGUCCGCUUGGGCACUGCUGCUGCUGCUGCAUCUUCCUCUUUUGGGGUUAUUUCCUCUGCCGCCCCUUCUCGUGGUGUAGCUGGUGUCUCUUCUGCCCCCUCUGCUGCUGACGUGGCAAGCAGAAAGGCAGCGGCAGCAGCCGCGGAGCGGAGGCGGCAGCAGCAGCGGAUCAUGAUGCCAGCUGGCGGGCGGCGAUUGGGCGGCGACAGUGAGAUGAUGAAGGUGUUGAGUCCGGUGCAGGCUGCAGCUAUGGCUGCAGAGAGAAGAAUGAGGGAUGACGUGUGGGAUGAUGGUAGAGGAGGAAUGGCUAUGGGUGAAGGUCAUGGUGGUGCUGCUGGUCUCGGGUUGGAGGGGGAUGAUAAAGGGGCAGGCGGUGGAAGGGUGGCAUUAAAACGGGGGAGAUGGGCAGGGCUGGUGGGGCAAGGAAACGGCCAAGUGGCAGUGAAGAGCUGA